UUUACUUGAUAAUAUUUUAUAAAUUACUUAACCGUUUCCGUGAGAAUGACGUCGACGCCGUUAAACCCGAUCCCGAUUCCGUUCCAUCUCUUUCUCUCUCUCCUCCGAAUCGAAGUUAAAAAAGAAACAACAGAUUCGGAUUUUUUUUUCACAAAAAAAAAGUAGUUUCCAAUUUCCAUUUACAAAGACACAAUGGAAUUUAACGGUGUUAAUUUCCCACUAAACUCCGUUAUUUAUAACCGACAAUUUCAUCAUCACUAUAAUGGAUCCCUUGAUCCGCAAGCUCCGGCGCCUCCUUCUCCGAUGGCUUCACCGAUCUCGUUCUGAUGAAUAUGAAUUGUUGAAAGUGGAUGAAUGUGAUCUGUUGAAUUGUUCAGGAUCCGUGUUUUUUGUGAGGAGAAUUUCGUAUAAGGAAGUUAGAAAAGCGACCGAUAGUUUUCAAAGAAUAGUUUAUAGCAAUUCCGAAGUUUCUGCAUAUGCAGCGAAUUUCGGAGAGGGGUGCGGCGGUGUUUGUUUGGUGAAAGAAGUUAAGGAUUUUGAUAGAGGAAAUGAUGAGAGUUUUCAUAAACAAGUGCAGUUGUUGGGACGGUUGCAUCAUCGGCACCUUCUUUCGCUAAAAGGCUUUUCGUUGGGACACGAUCGAAAGAGCAAGAGAUUGCUUGUAUUUGACAACAUAGAAAAUGGAAGCUUAAAGGAGCAUCUCAAUGAUCCCUUGAAGACUCCUUUAAAUUGGAGGACGAGGUUGCAGAUAGCUAAUGGCGUUGUGGCUGCACUGGAAUACUUGUUUCUUUUCAGUGAACCGCCAAUAAGUCAUGUCUCUAUUAGCUCUAGCAAUAUUAUGUUAGAUGAGAACUUCACCCCUAAACUAUCUGAUUUUGGCCUUCUUACUGGUGGAAGUUCUGUCAUGGUGACAGAAGAUUGCACGGGACAGGAAAACCGUAAGAUUAUAUUCCAACUUGGAGUGCUCAUCCUGGAACUUGUCACUGGUCAGUCUUCAGAGAUGGAAGGUUCUGAUUUAAUUGAAUGGAUUCAAGAAUCCCGAUUUUUCAGUUCCAUAGAUAAGAUGUUAGACCCUGAUCUUGGAAACAAUUAUGAUGGUACAGAACUUAAAAGUCUUCUAGCUGUGGCAAAAUUAUGUAUCAAAUCAUGGGACAAGCCUUCAUAUACAAUUCCUCAGUUAUUUCGAUAUCUCCAAAAGGAGACUGAUAUUCCCCAACAUUAGGAUUAUGAAAUGCAUCAAAUUAUCAGCAUAUAUAAUACUCUGCAAUAUUGAAUUUCAUUGAGACUUCCUUAGCCACUGAAAACUGUGAAGCUAUAGAGCCAAUAAGCAACCCUGUAGAGCAGUAGAUGAAAACUUGUGGAAAGGAAAGUCAGAACACAGUGAGUAGUGUCGGAUGGCGCAAAUGGCGUGCUUUUCAUCUCAAACGACUUGAAAACAGCUUGAUGAAAAAAUGACUCAACUGUGAAGAUCAUUAUGCCACAGUUUUUCUGCAUAACUCUGCCUCGAAACAAUGUGGUUUAUAAAAAAAAAAACCUUUUGAUCCUAUUACCCGUAGCAAUGUCAGCAAACGAGUUUGUCCAGGGAUAGAGUCAUGCUAAUGCAAGGGAGAACACUCUUUCCAUGAUGCAGAGGGAUGUACUUGUUGGGGACUGGGGGCAAGGAAUAACUUCAAGGAAAUCAAAUUUGAAGCAUGCAAGAAGGAGAUGAUGAGACUAGACCCAACAAUGGAAAAUGCAAUGAGAUCAAUUAGAUGGAACAUGCAGAUUGCACAGGCACAACAUGCUCAGCAAAAUCAUCAUGAAACUCGUGCCGAUGUGGCGGUAAGAUGCAUUGCCAAUGUGGUGGUAAGAUGCAUUAAUUCCCAUUUGGCUGCAAAAGAUUUUGAUUAAGUGAUUCAAGAUUGCUGUAUUUUGAUAGAAUAUUCUAUUAUUAACUAAUAUUAAUGAACAUAAUGUACCUUAAGUUACUUAUAUCA